GUGCCACUUUCAGGUCUCCUCACACUGCUGGUGUGUUCCAUUUUUUGUCAUAGGGUGCUGGCAGAUUACGGGCCUCCCAUAGCUGCUGCCAGGCCCCUAAUCUGCCAUGGGCCCCUAUACCGCCUCCUCAUGCUGCUGCCAAGUCCAGAGUCUCUCAUGGGUCCCUGUACGGCCUCCCAUUGCUGCUGUCUCCAUCGCCACACUCUGCCAUGUGCCACUUUCAGGUCUCCUCACACUGCUGGUGGUUUCCAUUUUUGUCAUAGGGUGCUGUAUGGCCUCCCAUUGCUGCUGCCUCCACCGCCACACUGUGGCUCCACACUCUGGUUUUGGCCCCGUGACUGGCCAAAUGAGUGAAGUGUGCGGUGAUUCUAAGAUCGACGGCACUCAUCUGCAUGUCAUACUG